AUGAAGAGGAGCGCUCCAACAUUCUAUUGGACUGCGUCUAACAAACAGACUCUUCCAUGGGGUGAUGGCCGAAGUCAACCUACGCACAAAAUCCUCGGUCGUGCGCUUCCAUCAUCAGUAUAUAUAAGCGGGGUCAAUCGGUCUAAUGUUGUCUCUUCUGAUUAUGAUCUACCUCCCCCCACUCGCUGCGCUCUGAAUGCUAGAGGCAUCCACGUAGACAACCACUUCAUGUCGGUCGAUCCAGGGACUCAUGGCGCAGUUCUACUAGGGGUACUUUUCGCGUCGCUACUAUCUGGUGUCUUCGCGGUGCAAUGUCUGAUAUAUUUCAAGCUAUAUCCCAAUGACAGAACGGCCAUGAAAGUCUUGGUUGCGUUUGUAUGGUUCCUUGAAGUCGUUCAUACCGCUUUGAUAUGGAUGGCAAUGUGGAAUUAUUUCGUCCUGAAGUUCGGAGAGCCGGGAUAUAUAGACUUCAUUCCCCCGAGUAUAGCUCUCAGCGUCGUUCUCACUGCGGGAUUAACCUUCCUAACACACUGUUUACUCGCUCAUCGGAUCUAUCACUUAAGCCGCAGAAAAUUAUAUCUGACGUUACUAGUUGUUAUUCUCGCCUUCGCGAGGCUUGCCGCGGCGUCUGUUUCAGGGGGCGAAAUGAUUCACCUUCAUAGCUAUCGGCUUUUCAGACGGCGUUAUCAGUGGCUUUUUUCCGUUGGGCUGAGCCUAUCUUCUGCCGUGGAUAUUCUAGUCAGUCUCUCUCUGUUCUUCCUCUUAAGGAGGUCUCGCCAACAGAGUAUAUUGCUUCAUCGUAUCAUAGAUUCGCUUAUACUGUACACUUUUGAGAUCGGUUCUUUGACAAGUAUUGCGACUGUGGCAUCCCUAUUAUGUUGGGUGCUGCUCGACGACAGUCUCGUUUUUCUCGGACUGCACUUCGUUAUCGGAAAACUAUACGCUAAUUCCCUGCUGGCCACGCUCAAUGCCCGACAACACCUGCGUCGGGUCCAUACAUCAGCAAUGAAUUUAAUGAAUCUUGACGUUCGACAGGAAAGCAUUGAUAGCCUUAGAGUACAGACUACGGAAAGCCAGAGUGAGAUGCACUUUCCCCCCUUGGCACAGAUAUUAGCGUCAGAACAAGGGAAGCCUGAAGACAGCCGAACUGUGUAG